AUGGAAUUCCUUGAACUGAAUCAAGGGAACGACACAGUGGCAGAGUAUGCUGGCAAAUUUGAUGCUUUAGUUCGUUAUUGUACACACUACCAUGGUGAGGGUGGUGAAAGAGCUAAAUGCAUAAAAUUUGUAAAUGGUCUGCGUCCUGAAGCGAAAACUACAAUUAACUAUCAGGAGAUAUAUCACUUUCCAACUCUGGUCAAUAAGUGCAGCAUUUAUGAUCGUGACAACCGUGCUCAUGCUACUUUCUAUAAAGGAGUUGGAGGUCCUAUCCGUGCUGUAAGUUCUAGUACUUCGGGUAGGAGUAAGCCUUACUCCGGUUCUAAUAGAUUUCAAGGGAGUAAAGUUGCUACUAAUAAAAGCAAGUCGUUUACUAGAGGAUCCACUGUUAGUGCUACUAUAAGUGUUGGAGGGUCCGUGUCCACUCCUUCAGGAAGAUGUGGAAAGUGUGGACGUAUUGGUCAUAAUCAGUUUGAGUGUUGUGACAAGGAGGUUACUUGCUUCAAUUGCAGGGGUAAGGGUCAAAAAAAUUCCACUUCUAGCAGUAGACUCAGCCAAUAG